AUGCGUUCUCGUAGCAGCGUCACCCGCGAACGGGUUAUAGUGCGACAAUCAUACUACUGGCCCGACUGGCAACUCAAUGUCUGGAUCAUCAUUAUGCUCGUAACCGGCGGCGUCCUUGUGGGAGUCUUUGCGAACUUCGUCCAGGUGCAGAAUCAACUGGGAGGCCUCGGGAUACCAUGGAUCAUGCCCUUCGGCAUCACAGUCGGCGCCCUCACCAUAAUCUUCAUCCUCCUCAUGCUGCUCCUCAUCCUGCAACGCCGCCUCUUGCCUGGAAUCCUCAUAAUCGGCGCCUUCAUUCUCCUCGUCCUCUACCUGACCGGUCUCAUCGAAACCGCCAUCCAGCUCUUCGGCCCAGCUGGCGACAUCAACUCGAAGUGCGAGACGUUUGUCGCCAACCAGCCGUCGAACGACCUCUCGAUCAACACGUUGGCGUGGCUGGAGCAGAGGAGUAUAUGUCAGAGUUGGCAGGCGGUGUUUGCGUUUUGGAUUGUGGGGGCGGUGUUUUUGAUUUAUUUGAUUGUGUUGGCGAGUAUGGUCGCGCAGGGAGGGUAUGGGGAGCCUUAG